AUGGGCGGCCCGCGGGCCUGGGCGCCGCUCUGCCUCGGGCUCCUGCUGCUGGGGGGCAGCGCCGCGUGGAGCGUCGGAGGAGCCCAGUUCUCUGGACGCAGAAACUGGUGCUCGUACGUGGUGACCCGCACUGUCUCAUGCCACGUGCAGAAUGGCACCUACCUUCAGCGAGUGCUGCAGAAUUGUCCCUGGCCCAUGAGCUGCCCGGGGAACAACUACAGAACCGUGGUGAGACCCACAUACAAGGUGAUGUACAAGACAGUGACCGCCCGAGAGUGGAGAUGCUGCCCCAGGCACUCGGGGCCAGGCUGCGAGGAAGUUGCAGGCUCCUCUGGCCAUGUGGAGCCCGGGUGGCCAGGCAACACUAUGCGACGGAUGGCUCUUCGGCCCACAGCCUUCUCAGGUUGUCUCAACUGCAGCAAAGUGUUGGAACUGACCGAGCGGCUGAAGGUGCUGGAGGCCAAGGUGGCUAUGCUGAUUGUCACAGAGCAGGCAGUGCCCCCAGCCCCAGCUGCCCCUAAAGACCCUGCCCCACUGUGGGGCUCCCCAGCUGCCCAGGGCAGCCCCGGGGAUGGAAGCCUCCAAGGGCCACCUGGAGCCAGAGAGAGUGUGAGGGCCCCACUGCUCCCUCGAGACGACCAAGUGGGUAUUCCUGGGCUGCCAGGGCCCACUGGCCCCAAAGGAGACACCAGCAGUCAGGGCCCGACGGGAAUGAGAGGCCCACCAGGUCCACAGGGCCCACCAGGGAGCCCUGGCCAAGAUGGAGCUGUGGGCAGCCCUGGAGAGAGGGGACCUCCAGGCCCCCCAGGGCCUCCUGGCCCCCCUGGUCCCCCAGCCCCUGUUGGACCACCCCACACUUGGAUCCCUGAGCAUGGGGACCCAUUACUAUCCAACACCUUCACUGAGACCAGCAGCCACUGGCUCCAGGGACCCGCUGGGCCCCCGGGCCCCCCAGGGCCCAUAGGUCCUCCUGGGCCUCCUGGUCCCAUGGGUUUCCCUGGGAGUCCUGGACAGAUGGGACCCCCAGGCCCCAUUGGCCCUGAAGGAAUCUCUGGCCGCCUAGGAGAGAAGGGCGAGCGAGGACUGCGUGGGGAGCCUGGCCCCCGAGGCUUCGCUGGGCAGCGGGGAGAACCUGGCCCCAAAGGAGACCCUGGUGAGAAGAGCCACUGGGGGGAGGGGUUGCACCAACUACGCGAGGCUUUGAAGAUUUUAGCUGAGAGGGUUUUAAUCUUGGAAACAAUGAUUGGGCUCUAUGCAGAACCAGAGUUGGGGUCUGGGGCAGGCCCUGCCGGCACAGGCACCCCCAGCCUUCUGCGGGGCAAGAGGGGAGGACAUGCGGCUAACUACCGGAUCGUGGCCCCCAGGAGCCGGAAUGAGAGAGGCUGAGGGCAGUGGCAGCCCCUCAGGGUGGGCCAGGCCGGCCCCCUCCAGGAACCACCUGUCUGUAUUUAUUGAUGUCCUUGGGAUCCCUUCUGCCAUCUAGGACUUUGGGGCAGGCAGGUCUCUGCCCUGGCACCCCAUGUGGUUGGCCACAUGUGAGACUGAGCAGGGGCUGAGGCCUGAGAGGGAAGCGGUGGCCCAGGUGUGAGGUGAGGCCUCCUUCAAGGCCCUGGGCCUCAGCUACCCCCUGUAAAAUGCAGUGAUGCUGGCCUGUAGGAGGGGGUGCCGGGGAAAGGGCUUAUUGUCCUCUCACCAGCUGCCCAGGCGUCCAGGCCUGCAGGCCCUGAAGGAGUCAGAGCUCAGGCUCUGCCCAGCCCUUAGCAUACAAAGGAACGAUGGGGGAGGAGCGCCGUCUCACCCCGCUCAUCCCCAGCCAAGCCUCAGGAGCCCAGCUGUGCCCCUCCUAUUCUUGUUUUCUGGUGCUAGGUUCCCGGCCCUAAGGUCAGGCUGUCCCUGACCUGACUGGAGGGUCAGGGCCUCCUUGCCUCAGUUCUGCCCCCUCAGCCUCCAGCCCUUCUCAAGUGUCCCAGGUGGGGGUUGGGGCAUGGAGAGGAAUGAGCCACCUGCUCUCACAAACGCU